AUGUCUUGCUCCUUUUUACUGAUUCCUCCGAAAUUCUCGACAUUGAAUAGCUACAGUAAAGACAUAAACUCAACUACUUUGUUGGGUUUCUCUUCUUUUUCUUGCUUAAAGAAUAGAAGAAGAUCCAAUUCCAAUGCCACUUCUAUUUCCAGAGGAAGAAGUGUUAGCUGCAAAUGUCAGUUGACAGAUCUUGCUCCUGUAACCUCUGCUGCCUAUGGUGUCAUUCUUCUUGGCGGUGGCCUCUUUGCCUUCAGUAAAUCAGGAAGCAAAGGAUCGCUAUUUGGAGGGUUGACAGGGGCUGCUCUCAUGGGAACGGCUUGCCACCUACUUGAUGGUUCAUGUUCUGAACUUCAAAAACCCUCUGGAACUGCAAACCAUGGUCUGUCCCAAAUUAUGGAUUGCACUGCCGAAAUUGACCGCCCAAAGUAUAACAUACGCGCUAUCCAUGGUGAAACGAGGAGAUGGAAUCCCACUUCUUCUAUGCCUACAGUAGGAAGCAUUCUCCAAAUCAGUAGUGUGCCUAGAGUUGAUGGUGUCAGUGAUUGGUCUGUUGAAUUUACUGGCCAAGAAAUAUUUGCAGCACGGAAGCUAGGAGCACUCCAAGAACAGGAACUAUUCUCAAUAAAUGCCUUAUCCAGAUUAGAUUCUGCUUUUGGUUCCGCAGAGGAUGAGAAGAUUAGAGCAAACUUGCGUGGGCACCUUUUAAGUGCUGUUGUUGCUGUAACAGCUUUGCUCAAAGACGGUGCUUACUUUCUAAUGCAAGCUCCAGAGACAAAAGCUAUUGGUGAUUCCCUUGGGUUUGGAUCAGCCUUCCUAUUCUCUUCUGUGUUUGGAAUACGAUUGGCAGCUACCAAAAAGCUGAUCCCUUCUGGUCUUCUGCUAGUGUAUGAGCUUGUGUACCUUCCCCAGAUUUUCGUCAAUACAGUUUUCAUGAUCUAUAUGAAAAGUGUCUUUAAUCCAAAUUUGUAUUCUGAGUUUAUCUAG